CCCGUAGGUGUCCAUCAGGAGGAUUUAGGGUAUCGCUAGUGGCCUUCUGAUGCUUUCAUGGAAGCAGCGGAGGAGACCAAGAAGCGCGCUGCCUUGUUGGCAGUGUCCCCCAUCUGCGCCUUGAUUCCUGCUGCGGUGCUCACGCUGGUGGCCAUCUUACAACCCUGGUGGACGACGAGACAAAAUAUCACCUACUACCCAACCAAUGUCACCUCCUUCACAGUGACGCAACGCUCCGAAAUCUCCCUAUGGGGACAUCAGGGAUGCCGCCUCAAUGAGACCUGGGCAGACAUCUGUUCUCUUCCUCCAGCAGAUUGCGUUCCACCACCAACGCCUCCACCUGGCUACAUUCCUCCUUGGACUCCACCUCCGCGGGAAGAGGAGGCGGCGUGGCGAGAGGAGUUGGUCACUGGGUCGCCGAAUGUGCGUGUGACCACCAGCAUAGAGGAUCGACCCUUCCGAUGCGUCUCGGGCAGCUGUGGGGGGCCUGGGGUCACCACCACCCCACCGCCCUCGAAUUACCAGGCUCCGGCCUAUGCUGGAGAGGGAAGCGUGAACUUUGGUGAUGGACAAGCACGCUUGGGCGAGGAGG